CAAGGAUCUUCGAGUUAAUAUAGAAACACAAAGAAUAAAGAUUGAAGCAAUUGAAAGAUACAAAACAUCCAAUGAAAGUAUUAAAGAACCCGAAUGGACUACCAUCUUUAAGGGUGAAUUAAUAUUUAAAACGAAGAAAGAUGAGUCUGUAUGGAGUUUAAUAUCUGGAUAUGUCAGUGUGCGUUGAAACAAGUUGAGAGGCACUGGAUACAAUAUGUUGGAAUACACCUUGAGAAAGUAUCCGAACGAUGGUGGGAUGCCCUUAUUAUGGAAGAACCUAAGAUAGAGCUUAAUAAAAUAGAUUGUUCAAGAAAUCUAUAUGAAAUGGGUUUGACAGAGCAAAUGAAAGUAGAAGAAUUAAUGUGGAAUCAUCAACAAAAACUUCUUGGCAAACCUACGUCAGAACAAUUGAAAAUGGAAGAAAUUAUGAAGAAAGCAUGGAACGCAGAAGGAUCACCUUUUCAGGGUACAUCAUAUGAUCCAUCAAUAAUAAAAUUUCAUUGAAACUAAUUAAAUAUAGAAGAAAAAAAAAGCACAUGCGACAAGCUUCAUUUUGUUUUAUAACGUUUGUUAAAGAAUUCAAGUUUUCAAAAGGUUCAACUUUAUAAUUACUACACAAUAUAUUAUAAUUUUGUACAGAUUAAAAAAAAAUAUCAAUUUUAU